CAUUCAUUUGAUAAGAGGUGCCCUUAGAGCAAGUUGUUAUUCARAUACACGAGCAAUUUAAGCUUAGUGCAGAGGAUKUUURGGCUGAUAUUUCAUUGCGUGAUAUUUCAAAGAUCUGUUUUUGUCCUUCGGUAAUAUUCUAUGAYAUUUCACGAGAAUACAUCAAUGGUAGACGACAUGUUUAUCGACUUCAGACCAGGAAUGAACGAAACCUUUCUUUCAGUAGAAGAUCCUCUUGCUUCCAAAGUUGCCAAGACGGUCGCCUACAGCGUGCUCUUUAUCUUCUCACUUCUCGGCAAUGUCAUGAUCAUCUGGGCGAUCCACAGAGACCAAAGACURAAGACAACGACCAAUAAACUCAUUGCAAACAUGGCGGUGAGCGAUCUUCUUGUUCCUGUCUUUGGAAUACAGGAGGAGAUACUCAAUAUUUACGGUKCUAAGUCAGGAUGGAAAGUGCUUGGAGAUCUUUCACUAGUGCUUUGCAAGCUUGUUCACUUCUGYCAAGAUGCCUCCAUUACAGUMUCKGUCUACAGCUGCGUGUUCAUCGCCAUUGAUCGUUAUUACGCUGUGGCAAAACCACUUAAAGUUGGAUUUAGUCGAAACAGACUGAGGUUUAUUAUAUUGGGGAUUUGGAUAUUGGCCGUGGUAAUGGCGACCCCUUCACUAAUCAAAUACCAAAUCGUUUCAUUUGGGAAUGUCCACUAUUGCCAUGAUAAUUGGACCUAUAUCGGACUAGAUCAAAUGUAUACCACAAGAGUUCAGAUGUCARUAUUCUUUGCGCUGAUAAAUGGUAUWCCAAUUCCCGUCRUAUUUACGCUGUACUUAUUAAUUGUACUCAAGAUUCGACAUAGCGAAACUCCGGGGGAGCCAACCGAGUUAGSAAGAGCACGACGCCAGAAGCAAAACAAAAAAAUACUAAAACUCUCCGUUGURAUUGUAACUCUGCUUUUYGUAAGUUGGUUGUACCUCGAUAUCGUGCUGUUCCUWGGCAUUCUGGGUAAGCUUGACAAGGUUUCGUUCAAUACGCUGAGAGAUCUGAUUUUCUCAGCGAAAUUUAUCGCGUUUUUAAGCAGCGGGUAUAAUUUUCUUGUUUACCUAACAUUCUGUGAUCAGUAUCGCAGAAAUUUUAAGAUUAUUGCUUUGAAGAUUUGCUUCUGUGGUGAGAAAAAGUGUGGCAACUCGGGGCAUGUACAAACUCAAAGUAAUGGAACACACCGAGAAACAGUUAGUACCUAGGCCUAAUCUGUACUGUAACUAUGAUACAUAUAUAUCGAUGAAAAUAGUAAUGGGCAGAUUUGUAUUUCGAUAUAUCGGUAAACGUUUUAAAGGKAAACAUUAAUUAAAGAACAGAAAAACUGUAGCAGCAAGAGAGAAACAGUGGAAAUAUUCAUAAUUGUAUCUUUAAUAAAUAAAAUUAAUGAACAGAUUUGUAUCUAAUGUAAGGGCAGCAGUAAUCACGAAAUAGAUAAGGUUUGUAUCAGGUCGAGACCUCRUUUCUUACAUUUCAUCCAGGGGCGUAGUUUUUGUGGCUUCAUGCUGACAUUGCCGCCCYCUUCCUUUUCAAAAGAAUAAAUARAACUGAAAAAAUAAUGAUGUGUGUGAAAACCUUUAUAUUUGUCUAAAGAUAAUUUGUUACGGAGUUUUAUUGACGAAGAAAUAUCCCAGAAACGCCUUUAA